UUGCUUUUGAUGAGCAUCGUCUACGGCGGCCCUGGGCCGACGAUGCUGGCGACGACGCCGGUCGUGCUCAACACGUGGCCCUUCACGGCGGCGACCGACCGUGCGUACGCAGAGCUUCUGCGGCCUGAUCGCUCGGCCCUCGACGCCAUCGAAGAGGGCUGCAACAUCUGCGAGGUCGCGCAGUGCGACUUUACCGUCGGCUACGGCGGGAGUCCCGACAGCAGCGGCGAGACGACGCUCGACGCUAUGAUCAUGGACGGCGACGACCAGGCAAUGGGCGCGGUUGCGUGCCUCCGCCGGGUCAAGGACGCGAUCCGCGUCGCUCGGCGUGUGCUCACGCACUCAUCGCACUCACUUCUCGCAGGCGACGGCGCGCUCGCCUUUGCCAAGAUGAUGGGCUUCCGCGAAGAGUCGCUGACGACGCCGUACUCGACCAAGCUAUACCUUGAAUGGCAAGCGAAUCGCUGCCAGCCCAACUACUACCGCAACAUGAUCAACCAGUCGACAGCCUGUCCGCCAUACACGCCUGCAUCAGUCGACUUAGCGCGACCCGUCUCCGAGAGCUGGAUUGACGCUACAAACCACGAUACGAUUGGCAUGGUGGCGCUGAGUAGCGCUGGUCAUCUUGCCUCGGGCACGAGCUCGAACGGCGCCAACCACAAGAUUGCAGGUCGAGUGGGUGACGCGCCCAUACCUGGCGCUGGCUCGUACGCCGACAGCACCAAAGGCGCCGCGGCGGCUACUGGCGACGGCGAUGUCAUGAUGCGCUUCUUGCCAACCUACCAGGACAUGGGCAAUGGCGUGCACGUAUGACAUUCUAGCCCACGUCGACUCUUAGCACUGACGUACUAGCCUCAAGUGGCCUGUGAGAUGGCACUGCGGCGUAUCGCGACCAAGGCGCCAGCAUUCAAGGGCGGGAUCGUCUGCUUGAAUCCUGCAGGCGUCUACGGCGCGGCAGGAUUUGGCUGGAAUUUUUCGUACGCGGUGCGCACGCCAGGCAUGGAGGCCACACACGUCAUUUCCGUGGACCCCAUUGCAGUCGUCUAAUGCACAUCGCAUGACGCGGGUCGUAAGCUUUGCAAACUCGCUCCACCAUCCUCGCUGAUCUCGAUCGCACCGUAAAUACCAAGAACAAUGGCUUCUACAAAGGACUCUGCAAUUUGCUGGUCGUCCUCACCGACA